AUGGCCCUCCUGCUGGGUAGGCCCAGCACCCCCACCGAUGGCAGCGAGGAGAGCGGCAGCAGGUACUACUCCUACGACGUCGACUUUGGCUGGCGUCCGCCAUCUUCUUCGCCUGCUGCGACCCCUUCGUCCACUUCCACUACACCCUCCUCGACUUCCGCGGUAUCAAGUUUCAACGCCUACCCGUUCGAAGGCACAUCACGGCAUGGCCGCCUCCAACCGAUUGCCUCUUCGUCAUCUUCUACAUCCUCCACUUCUCCUCUACGAACGGCCGGAGAUGAGCAGCUGCUCUACACCAGCAGAGCGCCCAACGGCCCUGCUUGCCCAUCCACUACUCUCCCGACCAGUACUACUUCGGCCUCGCCAUCCACCUCGCCCACCGCUACUUCCACUACGCCCCCGACCGCCGCGCCCAACAACGCCUUCGGCUUCGACGUGCCCUACUACCUCCACCUGCCUCGUCCGUCGUUGCCCUCGUUCGAGCCCAUGCUGCCGACCACUGUGGUGGGGUUCUCUCCCUCCUUCUCAUCUUCGAUCUCGCCCAUCGCUACGACUUCAUCGUCGGCCACGGCUCAGUCCCCUCACCUGAUGCCCAUCGAGACCACCACCGAUCUCUUCAGCCGCACGUCGUGGCCCUCCGUCUCGUUCUCGUCGCUGCCCGAUGUCUUCAGGCCCUCCAUCCUCUUCGCGCCCUCUUCGGCUUCGUCUGGCUAUGCGCGCGGGGAUUCGGCCUCGUCGUCGACCUCGUCGUCUUUUUCCUCGUCGCCGCCCACGCAGAUGCCCGCCAGCCUGGCCUGGUCGCCCACGGCCUGGCGCCCGUCCUCGCCCGGCACCUCGCCCGACUCAUCAUCCGCCUCUUCUUCGUUUUCGCUGCCCGAGAUGUCCGCCUCUGCCACCGCCACCACAUCGCUGGACGCGGCGGCCGCGGUGGCAGCGGCCCGAACGCGACGCAAGCGGUCCUUAUCAUCAGCGACGGCGGCCGAGUCGAGCGGCCGCGAGGAGCGCAAGCGAGAGCAGAAGAAGCCGCGGCACCAGCAGCAACAACAGCCGGCCUCGGCCUCGGCCCAGCAGAUGCAUCAAUCCCAGAGGCAGUCGUCGUCGUCGUCGACGCGCAAGCCGAUCCUGCGGCGCAAGAUGGAGGAGGAGUACUAUCACUACCUCAAGGAGAAGCUCAGCCGCAUGGAGACCACGCGCAAGAAGCGGGAGCAGGCGGGACUCGAUACGAUGAGUUCCACUUCGUGUCCGGUGUCAAUGUCGUCGUCGCCCGAGUCCAGCGAUCUGUCGUUAAGGUCGUCGCCCGAGAUGCACUCACACGAACUGGUGGCGAUAGACGAGCUGCGCAAGGAGGAGGAGCAGCUGUACGUGAGCGGCACGGCGAUGGAGUGUUUCCGCCACUUCUACGAGAAGAUAAGCUCGUUCCUGGUGGUAGAGAAUGUGGAGUUGGCCAACGAGGAGUGGCUCAAGUCCGUUCUCAGGAGCAUCGUCUGCCAGGUGACACCGUUCGCGCUCAAGAUCAACGCCAUCCUGGCUUUCGGUGCCUUGAUCAGCGGCCAGCGCCAUUGGGCGGACAUCUUCUUCGAUAAAUGGCGGCGGCUGCUGACCGAGUUCUUCGACUCGUCAGACUACGAGGUCGCAGAAGGCACGCCCCCACCACGCAGGCAAGCCAGGCGCUCGCUUUCGGAGAUUAUCGGCUAA